UCAAGAUGGCUGAAGAAACUUUAAAUUUGAAAGAAGCAUUUCAACUUGGUUUUAGCAUAUUUAAAAAGAUUGAGAGCGAUGUUGGAUCUGGAAAUUCGAAGCAAUUACAAGUAAGAAUAUUGAUGAUACAAUUCCACUAUAUUUGCAACAUGUAUUUUAAUUCAGUUUUAACCUAAUCAAUAGGUUUGUAAAUUUGUAUAAAGUAAUUAAAAGUAUAGUUUUAUGUUACACGGCAAAAAAUGCCGAGCCCGUUGCUCAACAGGACUGAACAAUGUUUUGCUGCCCACGUUGUUCACACUUGUCAACAAUAUUGAACAAUGUUGUUGAGCCUGAAUCGGGUGUAACAAUAUUGUUCAAUAUUGUUGACAGCUAUGAACAAUGUGGGCAGCAAAACAUUGUUCAAUCCUGUUUUCAUCAGUAUUGCAUCAACCUGAGCAUUUUUUGCCGUGUACGCUGUGAUUAUAAGUCCAGCACCGGACCUUCUUGCUUCACAGCAAAAGGUCCGACAACGCUUUAAAAGCUAACACUAAACCCAACUCUAACCCUGAAAACUAACCUAACCCCUAACGUACCUAUUACCCAAAAGGGUAAAAACUUGUAAAAACCACGAAGAAAAAAGUUUAAAAAAUUAAUAAAAUUGAGGCGCGAGCAGGAUUCGAUCCGCGAGCUAGUACAUACAACGUUAGUCUCCUACGCAGCCUGUGUUAGUGGGGAGAGAACCUCGGACCCGCGAACAGGCUGCGUAGGCGACUAAUACAAUGUGGGUGCCUAAACCACAACACUACAGAGGAUUUGCUUGAAAUUUAAUUAAAUUUAUGAGCUUUUAUUUUUAAUGAGUUUAAUGAUUAUGGAAAUGUCAGACCUUUAACCACUUCCUUUAUGUUAUUAUCAAAAGACCUUUAUUUUCAAGAUGCCCCCUUCAUCUAGAAAAUUUAGGACCCUGUCCAACAUUUAGUUUGUUACAAAGGUUCUAUUUUUAAUAAAUCAGUUACUAUAAAAUUAUACCAAAAGGUGUCCUUUGAAUGGUGAACUUUUUUGCAUUAUUUUAUAUUUGACAUUAGAAUUAAUUUUUAGUUAAGAAUAAGUUUUAAAACACGGCUAGAUAAAAUGAACGCGGCUUCAUUAUUUAUAUAAGGCCAUGUACAGUACCGAUCACGGGAAAGUUAACAAUCCGAAUUAAAAUAAAACGUUAAGAAAUAUGACAUUUCGCGCCUAAUUUCCGAACUUGGAAACGUAAUUGGCAAGUUCGCAACGAAGUUGGGAACCGCGCGUUGAAAAGUGACUUGAAAUUAACAAUAACCAAGGUCUCCAGUAGCUAUAUUAAUCCAAAGUGGUUUCUGAAUAUGUAUGUAUACUUACCUGCAGAAAGAUAUAAAAUGUAGGCUAGAAUAUCUUUCACGCUUCCACAUAACAAAAUCUUUAGAUUUUCGUUUUUAAAUUUCUCCGCCACCUCCGACCAUAACAACAUCUUUUGUCGCUAUUCGUGAAACGCUAUGCAACCGCAUACUUUGACACUUAGACUCUUUAGUCAGUUCACGAAGCAUUUCGAGACUUUUUUCUUUCAAUGUGAACACUCCAAUUAGACAGAGCAGUGAAGUUUUUGCAGUACAGAACAAUUACAAACCGGCUGAAUGAAAAGCUUGCGACCUUGUAUCGGCUUUUAUUAGCGCGUUCGGAAUUAUUUUGGAGUCGAUGACUCACAUUGUUUGUCAAAAACAGAACAUCAAUCGGUUUUCGGCAUUGUCUAUUGAGACCAAAGACAGUGGGCCUUUUGUCUUGAUCGGUUAUUGUCUUCUGAAAUUAAUUGCGCUGUGAAAUCUCUUUAACUAUAUAGCUCGUAGAUUUUGUGAAAACUCGUAAGUCCCAAAAGGCAAAAAAGUCUCUAAACAACCAAAUAACGGAAAAUCCAUUUCAAAUCUCAAAAAAUCUCGAAAAAAAUGAUAUAAAAACGGUUUCAGCUUUGAACAAAUUUCAUUAAGGGGCGAACCAUUAGAAAUCCCGGGAGGGGGGGUGAAAAUUCAAAAAAAAAAAUUUGUGCAAAGGAAAAUGCCUGGAAAAAAAAUUCGUGCAGCCAUUACGUCAGAGAAAAAAAAUUCGUGCAAGCAAACAGAUAGAAGUACAAAUAGUCUUGAAAAAAAAUUCGUGCAGAGGUUAAAUGCAUUAAAAAAAAUUCCUGCAGAGACACGAGACUGAAAAAAAAAUUUGUGCUGCAAAAAUUUUAUACCCCCCCUCCCGGGAUUUCUAAUGGUCCGCCCCUAAUACUACCAUUUUCGAGCUUCCGUGAAGCGUGCAUUUAUAACUACGUUUCAAAACGUUUCUUCAGCAUGAGUUUGUCAAUCAUAGCUUUUUGUUUUGCAAUAAUAACUUUUGUGGGCGUGGUGUCAAGCACAUUGUUUUGCACGCGAAAAUUUCUUCUUAUUUUUCACACGGACUGACUUUAUACUGACAAAAUUGCUAUAGCACCUUCUGGAUAUGUUUACGUAACAAACCUCUGUAAUACAAGUGCCCUUUUGAGUUUUGACGCCGAAAUUCAAAGUUUCGCGUGCAAAACAAUAUGUUUUAUACCGCGCCCACAGAAGUUAUUAUGUCAAAACAAAAUGUUUUAGGAGCGAAAUAAAAAGUUUUGAAUGACAAACUCAUGCUGAAGAAACGUUUUAAAACCUAGUUAUAAAUGCACGCUUUACGGAAGCUCGAAAAUGGUAGUAAAGAUGUGCAGCAUACUGUCGAAACAAAUCUACUACUGUAAGUGUAAAUGUCUUUAGCAGGCUUAUUUCGGCUUUCCCGUCCACGCAACGACGCGGGAUGGGAUUUCCGUCCCAAACGACGUUCCCACGGGACGGGAAUCCCAUCCCGAGGGACGGGAAUCCCGUCCCGCACGGGACUGUUAACUUUCCCGUGAUUGGUACUGUAGGUUCAUAAAAUAAGAUGGUGCUACUUACAACAGACAGAAUUUCUUUCUAUUUACGUCAUAAGAAAGUUUGUAAAAUCUUAUUGUUGUUGUUGAAAUUGGCAAAAGUGAUCUGUGAUGUUUUAAUGUUUUGAUGGAUAAUGGGAACUGUAUGGUGUUAAAGUGGUUUUAAAUACCCCCAAGAGUUGCUUUAAUGUCAGUGUGCAAUAUGAGUAUAUGCUCGCCCUGUAUUUGGUUGCAAAGCAUAGAACAACAACAGACAUUGUCUGUUGUUGUAGAACCGUGAAUUUGGCUAUUUAAGGUAAUUGACAUGUACACCCUGGUCAUUUAGAAGCACGUCCAAGAUCUAAAAUCCUAGCUAAGACCGCAUUGCACCCAGAAAGUUGUAAAUGCAGAAGGCAAAGGGUGCACCCGUUGCACCUGUGGUUCCGGCAUCCUUGGUGUGAAAAGGCUAUUUUAUUUUCAGUGAUAUAAUCUUGAACUGUCUGUGCUAGUAUACCGGGUGUCCCAAAAAAGUACUCCGGUUUGAUUCGUAAUAACUUCUAAACAAGUAAAGCUUUUAAAGAGAAAUAACUUGCAUCAAAUAGAAGAAGGCCUAACUUAGAUUUUGAUAUAUUACAGUUGCAUUUCACUUAAAAAUUCACAGAGAUAUUAAUGUUUAAAAUUGGGAGCAUAUUUCUGGAUGUGUCUGAAAUAGGCAAAAAACAGCAUAUCAAAUAUUGAUCAAGAUUUGCCCGACUGAAACAUGCACUAUUACCAGUAAAUAAAUGACACUUGACAAAUUGUUUAUUAUGAAACAAAGUAUUAUUAUAUACAAAAUACAAGCAAGAUUUAUUCGUCCGAAAUCCGCGUGUGUUCCUAGCACAAAUACGUUUCCUUAUUUCAUGAGACCACUGCAUCACGAAGGUCGUCAUGGAUCGUUCGUAGUUCGGAAUUAGGACAUGCUGUCACAGCUGUCACAAUGGAAUUGUGAAACUCUUCUAACUUCUGCAACGUUUUGAAAUCUUGUUAAGAACACCCAAACUCUUUUGCAUUUUCUUAAUCUUGGCAAGUUCAGAAUAAACUGAGAAUGAAACACAAUCAAACCAUACAACUCCAUAAGACAUAACAAGCAACUCCCCAUAGACAUCCAACAUUUUAGGAACAAAACGUAACAAAAUAAUAGCGUUGAUACUGUGAUGUGUAUUUGCAAAAAGCAAUAUUAUUUCCUUCAUUAAAGAAUAAUAUUCAUCUUGCCCUAACCGAGAAAUAAUCAACUCUGUUUUGAACCCGUGAAAAAACAUAAAAAAAUAGUAAGGCUAUUUAAGAAAAAUUUAAGCACCUGCCUUGCGUGGUCUUUCAUGUACCUUUAAGUUUGUAAAAACCUAUUAAAUACUUGCAUAAUUUCGAGCGUUCAUAUUUCUGGAAACAAUGAGCUAAGACUUACAUGUAAGAUGUCUAAAUCUACGCCAUAUCCCUUACAAACCCUAACGACAAUUCGCUGAAAUACAAGUUAGCCUGAUAUGUCAUUAAGCAAACAAACGCUGGAGUUAAUAUUUGAUAUGCCGAUUUUCGCUAAUUUUAGACACAUCCCAAAGUAUGCUCCCGAUUUUGAACAUUAAUAUCUCUGUGAAUUUCUAAGUAAAUUACAACUGUAAUAUAUCAAAAUCUAUGCUAGUCCUUCCUCUAUUUAAUGCAAGUUAUUUCUGUUUGGUACUGUAGCUUUACUUGUUUAGAAGUUAUUAUAAAUCAAACCGGAGUACUUUUUUUUGGGACAUUGGACUGGUAGUGCCAAUAAAAUGAACAAGCUUUCGUUUGUAGGGAUGCAACUGCAUGGAAAUAUGUAAGGAGAAAUUUGACGUUUCGAGCGAAGACCUUUCGUCUCAGUAAGGCGUAAAAAAAAAAUACCUGUGGUUCCGGUUCCCGACCGAUCCUAUUUUUUUCUGCCGACCCUAUUAUUUUUUCAACGCGAUUGACCAUGUGACCCUAUUUUCCCCGGGUGGUUGUGGGCUACUGCCAAAAUGGCGUAUGUUGUCACACUAAUUAUUGAACAAACCAUGAAAAAAAUCUUCCAAAAAAAAUCUACUGACCCUCAUUUUUUCGCGAUAUGAAACCGGAACCACAAGUAUUUUUUUUUACGCCUAACUCCAGACGAAGGGCCUUCACUUGAAAUGUUGAAUUUCUCCUUAUAUAUUUUCAGGUAGUUGCAUCCCUAGCAACGAAAGCUUGUUUAUUGUAUUUUCCAUUGAUCUUGAGUUGAAUAAUUUAUGCUGUUCUGAGUUCUAUAAUUUAUCAUAAAAUUAUAAAAUCCUAACAAAACUUCUCUGACAUGUAUUAGGAUUGCAUUUGUGAAGCGAUAGACUGUUUUAGAAGAGCAAUAGAAAUGAUCAAUGAUCUGGCAUUAUUUAGCAUCAAUGAAGACCUGGAUGAAAUUUCCACUGCAGAUUUAAGGUACAGUGGAACCCUGUUAUUACAGUUAAUAACGGGCUGUAAAAAUUUGGCAAUAUUAAUAAUUAUCCCAUUGAGUGCUAGCACUCUCCCAUUGACGAGAAAGUAGUCUGGCAUUAGAUGGAGUAAAUAAAGUAGGCCACGUUAGGGUGUAAUGCAAUUUAAUGGGUUAACUAGACACAUGGGUGGAUAUAGUCUGAUUAAACAUUGAGUGUUAGUGCUCUCACCCUUGAUGAGUAAAUCAUCUUGCUUUAGGUAGAAUAAAUAGUAAAGUACAGGUAGGGUGCAUGCAUUAGGAUGCAAUGCAACUUAAUACAGUUUACAUGGUAGCAAUGUAUCAUUGUGCUGUAUUGCCUAGUGGAUGACCAAUAAUCAGAAAUAGUCAAUUAAUGCAUUUAUAUUGAUUGAUAGGCAAUCUGAAUCAGUAGAAGUUCUAUUAUUAUUAUAGGAAAUAUGAAUAAUAAUUAAAAUGGUUUGAUGGUGAUACUCAGUUUGACUCAAACUUUGUAGUGGGUUGACAAUUAUUUUAUCAUGUGAAGAAAUUGUAUUAGUUUCUAGAAGUUGUAUUUAGUGCAACUGAUGAGCAAGGGCCCGCAUGUACAUGUAAGAUUAAAUUCUGACAGGUAACGUUGCGUUGAAAUGGUGAAAUGUAGAAGACAAAAUAAGAACAUUUGAUGCGAAGUGACAUGAAAAAGUGGAAAACAAUGACAUUCUGAAAGUGACAUGGAAACACUUUAUUACAUAUUUACUGUUUUGAAAAUCAGCCAAGCACUAUAACAGCUGGGCCCUAGAAGUGAUGCUGCACCUUGUAAAAAUGUUAACCCAUCGGAUUAACCCAUGUUGGAUCUGUCCUAUGCCUUAAUGUGGCAUAUGUUUAAGCAAGUCACAAGUGUUUUACUUUAUUGACUUUGAUUUCAGAUAUUUGUUAGUGCCAGCACUACUUGGUGACUUGUAUCUGAAACUUUGCUCAGAAGAACGUAUUGAUGUUGUCACCAUUUCCAAGGUACAGUGGUGCGUGUAUGUAUACAUGUACUGUAUUCUGGCCCUGUUGGCUGUUGUUGCUCAAAAUUUCAGUCUGGAAACAUUUUCAGUCUGGAAACAUUUUCGGCCUACAUUUACGUUGUACUGCCCCCUUCACCCUCCCCCCCCCCCCAUGUCCACCACUGCUUCCUUACAGUAGAAUACUUUUGCGGUUUUGCCUCAGGUAUAUCUGCUAAAUUACUUGGAAAGAUGCAAAAUGUAUGGUUUACUGAAACAGGUAUUAUAUGUCAAAUAUUUCCCUCAUGUUUGUUUUACUGCAUAGUUAACUUCCUUUGAAAAUAAUAAUUAAAGAAUGCGAUUGUCUCCUAAAGAGAGCUUUUAUAUAAUCAAUUAUGAGUGCUGUAUUCUUUCACAUGAGCAAGAGGCAUGUGGGUUGUACCUUGUUCCAUAUUUUGUAAAACCCAGGGUGCUUACAAUACAAUACAAUAUAAUGCAUUACAAUACUAAUCUAUUAUGAAAAUGCUACAGGAAUAUGUGGUAUACUGUACUUGCAUGCGCUUCAGAACAGUAACUUAUUGUGAGACUUUUCACUGUUAACGAGUGGUAGGUCCGAGUUUAUUGGUGUUCAAUAGUCGCAGUACGCAUGAAAGAUCUAAGUAUCAUCAGCAAUUCUGCAUAUAUAAAAUCGUUAAUAAAAAUGUUGAGUAUCAAGGGGCCAAUAUUGAUCCCUGGGCAAUCCCCUUGGUGACAGGCCACCAAGUAGAAAAUUGAUCACCUACUGGCUACUGUAUCUUUACACGUUGUCGACCAUUGAUAAAAUAAACAUGAGGUAAAGAUCCAUUGAGACUGGACCAACAGUUACUCAAUAUAUAGUACUGAGGAGCACAGUUUCCCACCAGACUGAAGAGCGCAGUUAUGCACAAAAGUGAGGAGCACAGUUUCGCACCAGACUGAGGAGCACAGUUUCACUUCAAACUGAGCAGCACAGUUUCGCAUCACACUGAGGAGCACAGUUUCGCAUCACACUGAGCUGCACAGUUUCCCACCAGACUGAAGAGCACAGUUUCCCACCAGACUGAAGAGCACAGUUUCCCACCAGACUGAAGAGCACAGUUACGCACCAGACUGACGAGCACAGUUACGCACCAGACUGAGGAGCACAGUUUCGCAUCAGACUGAAGAGCACAGUUACGCACCAGACUGACGAGCACAGUUACGCACCAGACUGAGGAGCACAAUUUCCCACCUGACUGAAGAGCACAGUUACGCACCAGACUGACGCGCACAGUUAUGCACCAGACUGAAGAGCACAGUUUCCCACCAGACUGAAAGGCACAGUUUCCCACCAGACUGACGAGCGCAGUUUCCCACCAGAUUGAGGAGCGCAGUUUCGCAUCAGACUGAGGAGCACAGUUUCGCACCAGACUGAGGAGCACAGUUUCCCACCAGACUGAAGAGCACAGUUUCCCACCAGACUGACGAGCGCAGUUUCCCACCAGACUGAGGAGCGCAGUUUCGCAUCAGAGUGAAGAGCACAGUUUCCCACCAGACUAAGGAGCACAGUUUCCCACCAGACUGAGGAGCACAGUUUCCCACCAGACUGAGGAGCACAGUUUCCCACCAGACUGAGGAGCAAAGUUUCCCACCAGACUGAAGAGCACAGUUCCGCACCAGACUGGGGAGCACAGUUACGCACCUGACUGAAGAGCACAGUUUCCCACCAGACUGAAGAGCACAGUUUCGCACCAGAAUGAGGAGCGCAGUUUCCCACCAGACUGAGGAGCACAGUUUCCCACCAGACUGAAGAGCACAGUUUUGCACCAGAAUGAGGAGCACAGUUUCCCACAUGACUGAGGAGCACAGUUUCCCACAAUCCCACUAGAUUGAGGAGCGCAGUUUCCCACCAGACUGAGGAGCGCAGUUUCCCACCAGACUGAGGAGCGCAGUUUCCCACCAGAAUGAAGUGCACAGUUUCGCACCAGAGUGAAGAGCACCAUACUAUUCACACUUAAGAUGUAAUGGCACGUUAUUUAACUUGAAAGCCUAGAGCUGACUUGGUCAUUUUUUAGUAUUAUUAAGCUCAUAUUUACACGAGACAAUUUGUGCUGCUGCCAUUUCCAAUCCAAUUUUUCACACAGAGCCAAUUUAUGCGAGAGAGUUUUAACAAAAAAAGUAGAGCAUUUUUACUUUUCAUUUUGUCCUUCCAUGUCUUUAUGGUAUAGUAUUGUAUGUUAGGGACGGAAAAUGUGGGCGUGAUGAAACGUGAGCUAAGAUCACGAUUUUUCUGUGAAUAGUUUUUACAUAACAUGGCUAUGUUUCAGAUAUUCUGUUUACAAGUUGUUGCAAAAAUUGCCUUACGCAACAUGACCUUUACACCAAAGUAUUCUAUUCUUUUUAACGCAGGUUGAUUUUAUUGGUAAAAGGUGUAGGAUAUACGAUAGAAUUUUUCAUUUUUGUAGGAUGUUAAUCCCCAGUCAUCAUCUGAAGCAACGUCAUCUUCAAGUCACAAAAGUCUUGAAGAAUUAGCGAACGAAAGACAAGCGAAAAUUACCAGAUAUAAAAGAAUGAAGGAGCAAGAAAAACAAAUUAAAGCGAGUGUAACGUUUUUAUGAUAUUUUGCUUUCCUACAUUUCUUGGUAUUUGUAGUAUUUUGAUCUCUGCUUUUGUAAGAAUAUGCAUGCUUGAAUUUACGCUUAUCCACUCGAUAAUUUGUUGUGUCGCUGUGUUUGUCAGUCUGAAAGUAUAAGGACAGGAGUCUUACUGUACGUUUGGAG